CCGUUCGUGUCGUCGAUUGACUCGAGUCAUGGUUGCGUGAUGACUAUUGCAUGCUAGCCAUGAGUAUAUGAUCGUUCGUUGAGAGUCGAUCAUUCCCGCCGGGGCGAUAUCGAUAUAUACCUGCGCGAUGGUGCGUUGACUCAGACUCAGCGCACAAACCAUGACACGCUACGGACUCGAUGUCCUCUCCACUGUGUUCGAUCUCGCACGUCUCCGGUCUCACCAUAGUCAGGUCCAGGGCAACUCGAGACCGCUAUCCCUACAGCCCUUCCACUCUCAUACACAAGAACACGUUCAUGCUGAACACGAAGCUGCUUCAGAUGGCAGCGAUGAUUUCCGACUGCCGAAGAUGCGGUCUUUAGUCACCAUGCUCGUUGCAAGCAUGCUUAUGCAGGUUACCUUCUUCAUUGUUGUCUCCUCUUCGAGCGAGUACGCAGAACACCUAGGGGGAACGCCCACGUUCUCUGGCCUUGUCAUCGGUAUCCCGACCGUGUUCGCAGGUGUUGCGUUAAUCCCAAUGAUGAAAUACGACGGUGGUGGAUACAAGCUCCCUCUGCACUUCGCGUGUGCCUGUGCCAUACUCGGAAAUGUCCUCUAUAGCCUCGCGUAUGCGGCGAAUUGGCUGUACCUCAUUCUGAUAGGACGUAUGGUGUCCGGACUAGCUAUGACGUUCUUCCUUUAUUCCAAGCGAUACUGCACCGACCCGCGCAUCGUCGGUAUCCGAAGGCGCACGACGCUAGCGGGCUGGCUUGUCCUUGGACAGGGCUUCGGCUUCAGUGUUGGCCCUUUCAUUGGCGGCCUCCUCUACAAAGUAGGAUUCCCGAACUCGGUGUUCAAUGGAUAUACUAGCCCAACGUGGAUCCUCGCGGGCAUAUGGGCCGUUUUCUGGGCGAUCGCUGCUGUGCUGUAUGAGGACGUCCCGCAGGUACGCCCUGGUGCAGUGAUAAUGGAGUUGCGUACCACCUCUGCCUCCCUGGAGGCACCCCAAUCGUCGCAAGCCGACGACGCUAUCCAGGACUCAUCAGCGACUCGUACCACCAGCGGUUAUCAAUCUCGCGCAGACGGUAUGCACCCGAAGGCCAAAGGUGCCUCUACCGUUCAGGAAGCUGCUGUUUUGCCCGAAGCAGAGGAAGCAAACAUGCCCACUUCGCGUCCGAGUCGAUUCCGCAUGACCGGCCCCCAGAUCGGCGUCACGGUGACGAUGUGCUGGUUCGCAAUGACCUGCUUCUUCAUCCUCGGCUCGUGGGAGGCGAACAUCCCCAUCUUCACCUCGUCAGACUCGCCGAUGAAUCCGUUCCACUUCGGCCCGUUCGCCGCGGGGAACAUGAUCGCGCUCGGCGGGGUAUCCACGUUCCCCCUCCUCUUCGCCAACCUAUUCGUCGCGCGCCGGAUCCAGGACCGCCACACGCUCGCGAUCGGGACGACGCUCGGCAUGGCAGGCCUCCUCACGGCGAUGGGCGUCCUCGCGACACGGACUGUCACGUAUGGGAGCCUGUUCGCGUGCUGGUUCUUCAUCGCGCUGGGGUUCAAUAUCAUCAGCACGGUCACGCUCAGCUUGCUCUCGAAGCAGCUGCCGGGUGAGUGGAAUGGCCGCCUCAGUCUCGCGAUCCAGUAUAGCAUGUUCACCGGCCGUGUGACCGGUGCUGUAUGGGGCGGUGCUGGGGUGAAGGUAGGAAUGCUCAACUUCGUCGGGAUGCAGAUAGGUUUGGUGUGUGUGGGCGCGGUGUCGUUUUUGACGUUAUGGCGACAAUUGAAGGCGAAGACAGGCUAGUCUAGCCUCGAUGGUCCACACGCCCUCGACACAUUGAUGUAGUAUUUGAUAACACGAAUUAGAGGAGUUGAACAAGACCACACGCACUUAUGUACUGUCUAUCAAGUGCGCAUGGUUGUCCUG